CUGCGCUGCCGGAAGUGACAAAAUAAAGUAAACAGAGCGGCUGUCAAUGGCCUCGGACUUUCACACAGUUCAAGAAUAAAGGGACAGAAAUAAAUCUUUUUUUACUUUUUAUUCAUAUUAACAGACGUUUUUAUGAGAAACUGGUGUGAACACUAACGAAGGGACAGGAGUGACUCUGCCCUGCGAUGUUCACAGACAUGGACUAUGAAUUGGAAGAGGACAAGCUUGGGAUACCAACAGUACCUGGCACUGUGUGUCUGAAGAAAGAUGCUAACAACCUGAUUGGCAUCAGCAUUGGUGGUGGGGCACAGUACUGUCCUUGCCUCUACAUUGUCCAGGUCUUUGAUAACACUCCAGCAGCUCUGGAGGGGACGCUGGCAGCAGGCGAUGAAAUCACAGGUGUGAACGGGAAACCAGUUAAGGGGAAGACUAAAGUGGAGGUGGCCAAGAUGAUUCAAGUUGUCCAGGGAGAAGCAACGAUUCACUACAACAAACUGCAGGCAGAUCCAAAACAGGGGAAGUCUCUGGAUAUAGUGCUGAAAAAGGUCAAACAUCGGCUGGUAGAGAAUAUGAGCUCAGGCACAGCAGACGCUCUGGGACUCAGCAGAGCGAUUCUCUGCAACGAUGGACUGGUUAAAAGACUGGAAGAGCUGGAGAAAACAGCAGAGCUCUACAAAGGGCUGAUGGAGCACACAAAGAGGCUGCUCAGAGCUUUUUUUGAGCUUUCUCAGACUCACAGAGCUUUCGGUGACGUUUUCUCUGUCAUCGGCGUUCGAGAGCCUCAGGCUGCAGCCAGCGAGGCGUUUGUGAAGUUUGCAGAUGCUCAUCGCAACAUUGAGAAAUAUGGAAUUCAGCUGCUAAAGACCAUUAAACCCAUGCUCCAUGACCUGAACACGUACCUUCACAAGGCCAUACCUGACACAAAGCUCACCAUCCGCAAGUACCUGGAUGUGAAGUUUGAGUAUCUGUCAUACUGUCUGAAGGUGAAGGAAAUGGACGAUGAGGAAUACAGCAGUAUUGCCAUGGGAGAGCCCAUGUAUCGUGUGAGUACCGGUAACUACGAGUACCGCCUGGUGCUGCGGUGUCGGCAGGAGGCCCGGGCCCGCUUCGCCAAAAUGAGGAAGGACGUUCUGGAGAAGAUAGAGCUGCUGGAUCAGAAACAUGUCCAGGACAUAGUGUUCCAGCUGCAGCGCUUCGUCUCCGGCAUGUCGCAUUACUACGACGAGUGCUACGCUGUUCUGAAGGAGGCGGACGUGUUCCCCAUCGAAGUGGACCUGUCCCGCACCAUGAUCAACUACAGCACCCAGUCGUUGUCCUACACGGAAGACGAAGAGGAGGACGAGGACGGAAGAGGAAGAGAGGAAGGAGGAGGCAGCGCAGGCGGUCAAACGGAGAACGGCGCAGAGAAACUGGUCGAUGACGAAUGAGUGUGUUUUUGUGAGUGUGCGUGUUCUUGUGGAGAUGAAGUAACAUUUUACAGUCACCCAGCAGUGAUCUUUGCAGUGCAAUAUGGCAGCAAGAAUGGUUAGAAGUGUUUUGGAAAGGUGAAUACUACUGAAAAUAGCUGUUAUCAUGUGGCAGGCGUGUCUGUUGGUGUUAUCAUAACGAAAUUUAAUUCUCAACUUUCUCCUUUGCUUUUUAACUGUCUUUCACAAAACAAGGUCAAACAGAAUGAAACUUCAUCUGAAGCUGUGGACGGGUUUUCAUGCUGCAGAGUAGGAACCGUAUGAGUUGUGCCUUCGUAGCUCUUAGUUUAAUGAAGUUUAAUGGUUCUGGGCUGUUAUACUUUAACAUUUUGAUUUAUUUUUUACAGCAACAAAGUUAGUGGGAUUCAUUUAGCUACAAAGUAAAAUAUUAUUUUGCGGUAAAUAGCGUCACAAGAAAGAAAUUAUUUUCUCCUCACCAUAACAAAAACUGGCAAAUGUUCGUGGCUGUCGCAGACAUGACGUCGUUGUGGAUUAGAGGAUACAAACACUACAUGUAAAUAACCCUAACACAAAGGCUAUAAAAUCACUAAUGUUGUAUUUUCUCUUUUGUCAUUCCAACUUUAUUUAUUCAAUUUUUCAAAAUGUACUUUAAAGUUCUAAAGGGAAAUAUGGAUUCUAUAUCACAGUUAAUAUAAUUAUUCAAUCGUGUCUUUUAUUUUCGUCAUCUUCUGAGGAUUGAGAUGAUUUUGUGCAUUUCAUGAUUCACUGUGUAGUUAGAGGCGAUCACUUGGGGGCAGCAUCACAUCAGACCACCCUGAUCUGCAGUCAGCAAAUAGUGCACUUACAUUCAGUGAAGGUUUCAAGAGGAUUGUGUUUCAUGUAUGGUUUUGUUUUUCUGCAUAACUGGAAAGAAAUGCAUCAAAGGGACCUAGUGUGUGUUGUUGUCUUCUGUUGCACAGGUCGGCUCAUAAACAGAAAAAGCUGAUUUGUUUUGUACCACAAAUAAAUUAACAAUAACUUAAAUGUUUGUUGUCUAUUUGA